AUGUGUGAUUUUUAUCAACAAGCAGCAGAUGUAAUUGAACAAUUAAUUCAAAAGAAAGGAUCAAUUAAAGGAUUGACAUAUAAUAGAAAUGUGAAUGUUAAAACUUCAAAGACAUGUUAUGCAUUAGUUUGUGAAACAUUGAAAUAUAAGGGUGUAAUUGAUCAAAUUAUUGAAUUAACAGCAGGAUUAGAAAAAGAAUUUAAAAAGAAUAAAACUAUAAAGUAUAGUUUAUUAGUUGUAAUGAUUUAUGAACUUUUAUUUAGUGCAAAUGGAAAGAUUAAAGGCGGUGGACAGGCAAAGAAGCUACUAUCGCAUUACCAAGCACCAAUUAAUAGUGCGUUAGCAAGAAUGAAAAUUCAAAAAAAGGUAUCGGAAAAUAUUGAUUUACUACCCGACAAUAUCAGAUACCCAAUUACAUUGCCACGUUAUGUUAGAGUUAAUACAUUAUUCAAUGAUUGUGAUGAAAAUUGUAUUAAAAAUGUAAUUGAGCAUUUUGUAAAUGUUGAAGGAUUUGAACUAUUAUCAAAACCACCAAAAUUGCAAACUAAAUCAAUUACAAUAAAAAAAGAAAAUGGCACAGUUGAACAACAACAACAAACUACAAUUAUAUUGGGUGAAAAAGAAUUUUAUCAAGAUUUAGAUUUUCCAGAGAUUUUAAUAUUUCAUCAUGCUGUGGAUUUACAUGAUCAUAAAAUGUUGCUAAAUGGUCAAAUUAUACUUCAAGAUAAAGCAUCUUGUUUACCAUCUUUUAUUUUAUCACCACCACCUGGUUCGGUUUGUAUUGAUUCUUGUUCUGCACCUGGUAAUAAAACUUCAUUAUUAUCUGCACAAAUGAAAAAUACUGGAAAAAUUUUCGCAAUUGAAAAAGAUACAAAACGUUGUGGUACUUUAAUUAAAUUAACAAAAAGAUCACUUUGUAAAAAUAUUGAAACAAUUAAUGAUAGUUUUUUAAAUUUAAAACAUGAUGAUCCAAAAUUUAAAGAUGUUGAAUAUAUUUUAUGUGAUCCAUCAUGUUCAGGAUCUGGUAUCGUAAAUCGUUUGGAUUAUUUAUUACCAACAAAAUAUUCGACAGAUGAAAUCGUAACAGAUGAAAAUGAUGAAGAUUUAGAUGAAAUUUUAAACCAACAAAAUCAAUCAACAAAAUUACCUGAAAAAGAAAAAGAAAAAUCAAUAUUAAAUAAAAAAGAAUUAAAAAAAGAAAAAAAGAGAAAAUUAAAAGAAAUGAAACAAGGUGGUAAAAAACAACAAAAAGAUAAUAAUAAUAAAUUACCAUUAGUACCACCAAUUAAAACAAAAGAAGAAAUUGAAGAACAAGAAAGAAUUGAAGAAGAGAAACGUGUUAAAUUAUUAGCAGAUUUUCAAUUAUCAAUUAUUCAACAUUCAUUUGCAUUUCCAAAUGUUAAAAAAGUUAUUUAUUCAACUUGUUCAACUCAUCAAGUUGAAAAUGAAGAUGUUGUAAAACGUGCAAUCGAUGAAUUAAAUAAAGAUGGUGAAAAGUGGAAAGUAGUUAAAAUUUUACCACAUUGGACUAAUAGUAGAGGUUUACCAAUUUAUAAAAAUAGUGAUUAUUCAAUUCGUAUGACACCUUCAAAAGAUUUUACAAUUGGUUUUUUCGUUGCUUUAUUUGAAAAAAUUAUUAAUAAUAAUUCUGAAAAUAAUAAUAAUAAUAAUAAUAAUAAUAAUAAUAAUAAUAAUAAUAAUAAUAAUAAUAAUAAUAAUAAUAAUAAUAAUAAUAAUAAUAAUAAUAAUAAUAAUAAUAAUAAUAAUAAUAAUAAUAAUAAUUCUGAAAAUAAUAAAUUAAAUAUCAAAAAUGAAAAUGAAGCACCAAAAAUUAUUCAAUCUGAUAAAAUUCAUAUAAAACCUGGAAAUAAUAAAAAUAAUAAUAGUAAUAAUAAAAAUAAUAAUAAUAAUAAUAAUAAAAAUAAUAAGGAUAAAAAUAAUAAUAAUAAUAAGGAUAAAAAUAAAAUAAAUAUAAAAAAUCAAAAUAUAAAAUUAGAAGAAUCAGAUCAAAAACAUCCAAAAAAGAAAUUAAAAUUAAAAUAA